CAGGAGUCAGAGGAGUCAGGCCCUAGGACAGUGUUUAUCACUUCUAGUUUUUAAACUUUCCUUUCCAAAGGAAGAUAUUAGAGUCCAGGACCAAGAUUCCACUGUUACAGCGGCAGGGGACUUCCAAACAAGGAAACUGAAGUUCUGAGCAGCAGUUUCACAGCCUGUGGUCGUCCCCACCCCUGCACUUAGGAAACAGGCAGCAAGUUCCAUUUUCCAGUGUGAGGCCCUCUCAGCCCAACUGCCAGGGAAGAGACUGAGUGGCUACCCAUGGCGGAAAAACACCAAAUUAAACCACCACUUAAGAUGCUGGAGCACAUAGGCAAAGAAUACCUCACUGGUAUUUUGGAAGAUAUGGUACAGAAGAAUGUGGUGAAGUUAGAUGAAGAGGCCAAGAAAAGGUUCACGGAGGCCGAGCGUAGAGACAAGGCCAGGGUGUUUGUAGACUCUGUCAGACGGAAACCGAAGGAGGCAGGUCAAGCAUUUCUCCAGACAUUUUUUAAUCUCGACAAAGAGACCAAUGGUACAAGAGUUCCUCAGGACAAUGAGUGCAGAGCAAUUGAGUCCUCAGAAACUACUGACACCCUCAAGACAUGCCCCCCUGAGGAAUUCCAGAAACUGUGUAUAGAAAGGGCUUCAGAGAUCUACCCAAUAAAAAACAGAAAUGAACGCACUCGCCAGGCUCUCAUCAUAUGCAAUGUAGAGUUUUCCCAUCUCACUGUGAGGAAUGGGGCUGAACAAGAUGUCACAGGAAUGAAGCAACUGCUUGAAGAACUGGACUACACUGUGACUGUGAAAGAGAAUCUCACAGCCAGGGACAUGGAGUAUGCGCUAAGUGAAUUUGCUGGCAAACCAGAGCACAAAUCCUCAGACAGCACAUUCUUGGUUCUUAUGUCUCAUGGCAUCCUGCAUGGAAUCUGUGGAACUCUUCAUAGUGAUGACAGCCCAGAUGUGCUUCAGUAUGACACCAUCUUCAAGAUAUUCAACAAUCGCUCCUGCCCAGGUCUAAGAGACAAACCCAAAGUCAUCAUUGUGCAGGCCUGCAGAGGUGUAAACCCUGGGGGAAUGUGGGUCAGAGAUUCUCCAGCAGCCCUGGAAGACAGCCUUGCCCAAUCAUCAGAGAAUCUGGAGUCAGAUGCUGUUUAUAUGACCCACGUGGAGAAGGAUUUUAUCAUUUUUUACUCCACAACCCCACAUAACAUUUCCUGGCGAGACAGUACAAAGGGCUCCUACUUUAUCACACAACUUAUCACUGGUUUCCAGAAAUAUGCCUGGUGUGAUCCUCUACAAGAAAUAUUCCGGAAAGUUCAGCUAUCAUGUGAAAAGCCAAAUGGUAUAGCCCAAAUGCCUACUAUUGGUCGAUCAACCGUGGGAAGACUAUUCUACCUCUUCCCUGGCCACUGAAAAUAGAGAUCUGGACGUGCUCUUCAUGGAGAAGAAAUUACAGUAAAUGUUGCUGCUCAGCGAUGUCCAACAGAAUGCAGGCUAUGAUCAUUAUGGUGUGUCCCCAACUGCCUUAUUCUCCUGACUGGAACCAGUGAGUUCUGAUUCUUCUCCAAAGUGAAAAUGACCAUCAAAUUGAAACAUUUUGAAUUAAACAGGACAUGGAGGCACCCAUGAUUGUACAAACACUUAGGAAGAGGACUAGGACUUUCAGAACUGCUGCAGAAGGAUCACGAAGAGAGGGUAUUUGCUUCCCCAAGGGGAAGGUUGAAGUUUAAUGACAAUUUCUUUUUCAUUGUAACAAUGUAUUUACUAAAUAUUAAUCAUGCAUAUCAUUCAUACCUGAUAAGUUUGCUUUCACGAAGGCACCUUCAGACAUUAUCCCUGAAUACACAGCAGAAUAUACAGAUGGAAGUGAAGGGGACUGGCCAGCACAUGUGGAAGACAGAGAAGACACAUGAUGUGGGAUGAGAUGAAGGCUGAAGGACAUAAGGACCCUUACCUGCUCGUGUUUUGCUCUCCAGCAGAAACCACAGGCAGCUCUCCUUUGUCAGUUCAAGAAGGAUAUUUCCAAGUAAAGCACAUGGAUUUAAUGUCAUAUGAUUCAAUAUAAAAGUUUUUCAGAACAAGUCUCUGUCAGCAUGUCUAUCACUCUCUAGUGAAAGCCAUAGGAAUAUCACUUUAAUGAAAAUAAAAAUAAAUUGUUCCUGUGAGAGAACA